AUUUUAAGCAUGUAGACACGGAUAUAAACUAUUUCCUUUAUCAAAGAAUGUAUAUACAUACAAACUUUUCGUACUGCUUAUAAAUAUUUUUUUUUGUCUCGCAGAAAUGGAUUUUACGGAAUUAUUUUGGACCAAAAAUAAUUGAUUCUGAAACCUUCAAGUACUGAAGAAAAAAAUGGCGCGUAACCUGAUUAUGGGUUACUAUUACUGUAACCUCGGCCACAGCCACAGUUCUGACACAGAGGUCAUCCAGUGCAAUAAUAUGGAGGAAGAAAAGAAAAAACGCGAACAUAACUUACAGAAAGAAGGCCUGGAACACAAGAAACAAGAGCAAGAAAACGAAGCACAGAGAAUACACCUGGAGCAGAAGAAACUGGAAUUGGAACAUUUAAAAAUGGAGCAAGAGAAACAUCGAGAGAGAAUGAGGCAUGAGGAGCAGAUGGCAAAAAUAGAAUUGGAGAAAAUGAAACUUGAAAACCAAAGGAACGAGUCAAAGAAACCGCCUAAAUCCAAAGUGUGUGCAGUUUCCUAGCAACAGCCGGAUCGUCAUCAGUCGAGAGUAUCGCCAAAUCUAUGAAGAUACAAAUAAUUUUUUUACCUUUAAUUGUUGUUAUGGUUACUUUAUAUUUAUUUUGCUCAUUUAUUCAUAAAGAAACGCAUUUCAUUUUA